AUGUUAUUAAAAUCACUUUGGCGUGCAGCCCUGGCUGUUGCUGCCUUUGCUCCCGCAAUUCGCGCAGACGAAGCAAACGCACCCGGCCAAUCCACAUUCGUUUCCGACAAUGGCGACGUCGCCUUCGCUUUCACCGUGCCCAACGACGACUCCCACCCCCGAAGCACCUUUUUCAGCAUUCGCGUCAACAAGAAAUACACAUGGGGAGGCGUAGGCCUCGGCAGCGACGACAUGAAAGGCGCCCUGUUCCUGAUCAUCUACAGAAAUGGAGAUGGCAACAAUGUCACCUUCUCUCCGCGUAUAGCUCACGGCAACUACGAGCCUUUUUUCUUUGACGAGAUGCAGUGGUCUGUCGUUCCGAACAACACGGGUAUUAUUGGCGAUUACAUGAUGUUCACGGCGCAGUGCUUGGACCAUUGUCGAACGUGGCCCGCUGUCGACACAACUGGCGGCUACAUUGACGUAUCGUCACCGAGUUCCAAGGCUAUCUAUGCCGUUGGCCCUGAAGGAACGCUCAAGGACGAUAGCCCCAGAGCUGGACUGAAAUUCCACCAAGAGUAUGGCGUGUUUAGUAUCGACAUGGGCAGGACGAGGGGUGCUGCCGAUGCGCCUGUCCUGAAUAAGGACUCCAAAACUGAGUUUACUCAGAAUCUGUCCAGGGAGACGAAGCAGUCGGAUUACAAGGCUAGACUCCACGCCACGUUUAUGAUUUUCUUCAUUAUUGGUAUGAUGAAUUUUGGCGUUGUGCUUUUGCGCGCUUGUGGGUGGGCAAAAUGGCAUGCGUUGAAUCAGAUUUUUGCUACCAUGGGCGUUCUGGCUGGUUUGGCGUUGGGUGUCUUGACCAGUUUUCACUAUCAGAGGUCCCGAAGCUUCAGGUCGUAUCACCAAAUCCUCGGUUACAUCAUUGUCGCUUUCAUCUUGGGGCAGUUGGGUUUGGGAGUCAAGCACCAUCUCGAAUAUCGGCGAACACAGGCUCCCACCCUGUUUGGCAGGAUACACCUGUGGAUGGGCAGGCUGAUUCUCCUGCUUGCUGUCGUAAAUGCCAUCAUCGGGUUUACCUUUGCUCUGAAUGGCAUGUCGGCCAUCAUAUUUGGGGUGCUGUUACUUCUUGGCGGCGCUGUCGCCCUCUUCUUCAUGUAUGGCCGACAACGCAUCUUCAAGAAGAAGCAGCAGUUCCAAUCUGUGGGUGCACAACAGCCACCCCCCUGGCGGCAAAGCAACGGUUACAACGCCGGAUACUCUUCAGAUCCUCCCCCAGGCUACGAACCGCCCUCACAACAAGUUGGCCUACAAGCCGCAGGGCCAUCAUCAAAUAACUCACCCUGGAGGAGCACUGAGAACAAGGAUUACGAAGACGAGCCACAAUUGGGAAGUGCCCAAAGACCACGAGAAUUUGCAUAA